AUGGACUCUCGCCGUCGGUCCCCCAAACCGCCUCGCCCGACGGCCGUUAACGCUGGGACCCACCCUCGAAAUGACAAAGCGUCGUCUUCUUCAUCAGGAGGAGAAGGACGCGGUGGUGGAGCGAAAGCGUCCGACGCGCUGCCGCUGCCUUUGUAUCUGACGAACGCCGUGUUCUUUACUCUCUUCUUCUCCGUGGCGUACUACCUCCUCCACCGCUGGCGCGACAAGAUCCGAACCUCCACGCCGCUCCACGUCGUCAACCUCUCCGAGCUCGCCGCCAUUCUCUCCCUCAUCGCCUCCUUCAUCUACCUCCUCGGCUUCUUCGGCAUCGACUUCGUCCAGUCCUUCAUCUCACGCGCCUCCCACUACGACGACGCCUGGGACGACGACGAUGCCGACGACGACGUCAUCGUUCCGGCGAAAUUCGUCGACGCAGACCCGGCAUUGUGCUCCGAGGAGGACGAGGAGAUCAUCCAGGCCGUUCUAAACGGCGACGUUCCGUCCUACUCGCUAGAAUCGAAGCUCGGCGACUGCAAGAGAGCGGCGGUGAUCCGGCGCGAGUGGCUCCAGAGAACGACCGGGAGGUCGCUGCAGGGUUUGCCUCUGGAAGGAUUCGAUUACGGCUCGAUUCUAGGGCAGUGCUGCGAGUCGCCGGUCGGAUACGUGCAGAUUCCGGUGGGAAUCGCCGGGCCGUUGUUGCUCGACGGGUUCGAGUACAUGGUGCCAAUGGCGACGACGGAGGGGUGCCUUGUGGCGAGCAUGAACAGAGGUUGCAAGGCUAUUCUCCUCUCCGGUGGGGCUGACUCCCGGGUUUAUAGGGACGGCAUGACCAGAGCUCCGGUGGUCAAGUUUGCCUCUGCCGUCAGAGCUUGCGAUCUCUUAUGCUACUUGGAGAACCGUGCCAAUUUUGAUACUCUCGCCGUCGUUUUCAAUAGAUCAAGUCGAUUUGCGAGGCUACAGAGCAUAUUUCCUUCUCUUUCUGGGAUGACGCUCCACGUAAGAUUUAAUUGCACCACAGGUGAUGCCAUGGGGAUGAAUAUGGUCUCCAAAGGGGUUCAGAAUGUCCUUGAUUAUCUGCAAAACGACUUUCCUGAUAUGGAGGUUAUCGGCAUAUCUGGAAAUUUUUGUUCGGACAAGAAAUCUGCAGCUGUAAACUGGAUUCUAGGACGUGGCAAAUCAGUUGUUUGCGAAGCAGUUAUCAAGGAAGAGGUGAUCAAAGAAGUGUUGAAAACGAACGUGUCUAAGCUGGUACAACUCCAGCAGAAUAAGAUCUUUGUAGGUACUGCCAUGGCCGGAACUGUGGGUGGGUAUAAUGCCCAUGCCAGCAACAUUGUAUCUGCAAUAUUUAUAGCCACCGGCCAAGAUCCUGCACAGAAUGUUGAGAGUUCUCACUGUCUAACGAAUAUUGUAUCCAUCAAUGACGGGAAGGACAUUCAUGCUUCCAUCACAAUGCCUUGUAUCGAGGUUGGUACAAUUGGUGGUGGGACUCAACUUGCAUCUCAAUCUGCUUGCUUGAAUAUGCUUGGCGUAAAAGGUGCAAGCCAAGGGUCCCCUGGAUCAAACUCGAGGAGGUUGGCCACCAUUAUAGCCGGUUCAGUACUGGCCGGAGAACUCAGCCUCCUAUCCGCCAUGGCUGCUGGUGAUAUGGUCAAGAGUCACAUGAAAUACAACAGAUCCAGCAAAGAUAUUUCUAAUGCUGCAUCUUGA